UCAUGGCGACUGAGGGAUAUAGAGAGGUGGACGGCUACUACAUCAGCGCCGGCUUUCACGAGGAAUGCGUUCGAUCGGCACUGGGCUACAAACCGGUGCCGGGAGACGUGUUCAUCACGAGUUACCCCAAGUGCGGCACCACCUGGAUGCAGCAUAUCGUCUAUAACAUCUUGAACGGGCGUUCCCCGCCAUCAAACGCCAUGGACGCCUUCCGCGUGAUGCCAUUCCUGGAGUUGCAAGGCGUCGAGUCCAUCGCGGAGAUGCCCAGGCCAGGAGCCAUCAAGACCCACAUGCCGUUCCGCUUCCAACCCUUCUCCAAGGACGCAAAGUACUUUUACAUCACCAGGAACCCCUACGACUGCUGCGUCUCUUUCUUCUACCACACCAAGGGGAUGCCUGAGUACAACUUCACGGACGGUACUUUCGACGAGUUCUUCAAAAUGUUUAUCGAAGGCAAAGCGGACUUUGGUGACUACUUCGACCACCUGCUCUCCUGGUACGAGCACCGCCACGAUCCCAACGUGUUUCUCCUCACGUACGAAGACCUCAAGAAGGAUACCGUUACGUGGGUGCUGAAGAUCGCCGACUUCCUCGGCAAGGAGUACGGGAGGAAGUUGAGGGCCGAUCAGGUGGCCCUAGAUCAGGUCAUGAAGAAGACGCAGGUCGGCAGCAUGAAGAAGAACGUGAACGAAGGUCUGGAAUCGUUCAUCGAUCAGAUAAAUGCUAUUCCCGAAGAUAAGAGACCGCGUUGGCUGCAGCUAACAAUGGAAGCCAUGGGCGAAGAGGCGCUGAACAAGCCGAUGAUGAGUGACUUUGUGCGCAAGGGGGUCGUUGGUGACUGGAGGAGUCAUUUUUCGGCGGAGCAAGUGAGGCGGCUCAAAGAGCGCAUCGCUUCAAAGACUUGUGGCAGUGAUGUGAUGGACUUGUGGAAGAACAUAGACCUUCCGUGAUGAUCGGUUGGGAGCGUGAAAAUUACGUAAACCACCAUUUCGUUUUGCUUAAGGUUUGCAGAUUGUUAAACACCAGAGAAGGGACUUGGGAGCGCAUUGAGAAGUUUAAACUGCUUCUUUGU